CGAUGCCUCACCUGCUGCGACCUUCAAAUAUCAAAAUAAUCCUAAAAUUUCAUUCAUAAUUCACACCGAAUAUGGCGUGGACAUCGGUGAUAUUAGCGACUUUAUUGGUCAGCCAUGCAUUCGCCAUUAGUGUGCGACAAGCAAACAGCACAUCCGGUGGGACAUCAAGUGGGGGUUCUGGAGGAGUGACUCAAACUGGUGGAGGUUCUGGUGGGGUGACACCAAGCAGUGGAGGUUCCGGUGGAGUUACUCAGAGCGGUGGAGGUUCCGGUGGAGUUACCCAGAGCGGUGGCAGUUCUGGUGGUACAUCAGGAGGUUCCAGUGGUAGCUCCAGUGGAUCAGCAUCACAGAAUAUACAACCUCCUCAGUUUUUGUUAAAUCCAUCACAGUUUCUUGGAGGCGGGAAUCAGCAAAGUCCUAGUGGAGGAGGAUCUAGCAGCAGUGGCAGUGGUUCUGGUGGUAGUUCCGGUGGAAGCAGUAGCAGUUCUGGUGGUGGUAGCAGCAGUGGUGGUGCCCAAAUGCCAAAUUUUGACCCAAACAAAGUCAACCAAAUACAUGCCAGUUUUCUAGAUCCAUCAAAGCUACAACUAGGAUCUGGGGGAGGAGGGGGCAGUGGUUUUAAUCCUGACCAAGUCAACAGCAUGUUGUUCAAUUUCCUCAACCCUAGUCAAAUGACAGCAGGGAGACGUAGACGACAGACAAGUCAAACUAGUUCCGGCGGAAGUAGUGGUGGAAGUUCAAGCAGCAGUGGAAGUCAGCCACCAAACUUUGACCCUAAUAAGGUAAACCAGGUACAAUCCAGUAUGUUAGAUCCAUCAAAAUCACAGCUUGGUUCCGGUGGUGGCGGCGGAGCUAUGUUCAACCCGGACCAGUUCAACACCAUGAAGUUUAAUUUCUUUAACCCACAAGCACAGACUAGCGGUGGUGGUGGCGGCGGCGGCAGUGGAGGCAGUGGAAGCAGUAGCGGAGGUAGUCAGCCACCAAAGUUUGACGCUAAUAAGGUUAAUCAAUUACAAGCCAACAUGUUGGACCCAUCCUCAUCAAAAUUGGGUCAAAGUGGAGGAAGCGCCGGUGGAUUUGAUCCAGACCAAUUUAACUCCAAAACAUUCAACUUCUUUAAUCCACAAAACCAAUUAGGAAAGAGAGGGUUAUAAUAUUUACAAGUAUGCAGUUAACUAUGUUAAAGAAACCAACAAAGAGCUAUCAAAUGAUAUUAAACAUAAUUCAGGAAUUAUAAAAUGUAUUUUGUACAGAAAUUUGUUUUUAAUAAACACAAAUCCUAAUAA